AUGAGUGUACUCUGGCAAACUAGCCUUGGGGAUAUCACCAUUGACUGUUCUGGCAAAGACGACUAUGUGAAGAACUUUAUAUAUUUGAACUUGUUAAAGUAUUACGAUCUAGUCUCCUUUCACAACAGGAUCACAAACGACUCUGUCUCCACAGGUCUUCCCUAUUAUCCCAACCAAGACAGAAGAACCAGCUAUCAAGAUCUACUAAAGGAAAAGGGCCAUAAAGGAAAAUGCUCUAGUGUGGUUAAUGCUGACCCUCAGGAUAUCGAAAAUUCCGUGGGGUUGGUUCUAUUCAAUGUGAAUGAUGCGAAUGAUGAGCCUUCGAUUGAUUCUUUGAUAACCAUUAGCUUGACAAACGAAGGGACCAGAUCAAAUGUUGUUGAAAUUGGAUACGUAACGGAGGGUUUCUCCGUCCUUCAGGAGAUUAAUUCCUGUGAUGCCAAUACAAAGAACGAACCGAUUACAGACAUUCGUAUUUUCAGAUCGUACGUACUUCACAAUCCUUUUCCAGAAAUAUCGGUGCCUUCGGUAUCAGCUCCCUUACUGCUGGAUAUUGACCAGCUGAACACGAUCUCAGAAUUAACUUCCGAAACGGCGUCUCGUCAGCUGGCGUUAGAAGUGAUGGGAGAUCUGGUACAUGCCAAUAUCCAACCCAGUGAAAAAGUUCUUUUUGUAUGCAAACUCAAUCCAAUCACCACAGCGGAGGAUCUAGGUGUUGUGUUCAGCCGAUUCGGAAAAAUAACAGGUUCAGAAAUUGUCAAGGAUAGGAGCACCGGCAAGUCCAAAACGUAUGGCUUUAUUGAAUUUGCCGAUGUUGAAAGUUGCGAAGAGGCCUACCGCAAGAUGGAUAACGUAAUAAUUGAUGACAGGCGCAUCCACGUGGAUUUUUCUCAAUCGACCAAAAGAUUCAAACGGGCAAAAAGAUAA